AUGUCACAUCCAGCAGCUAGUGUUAAAUCUAUAUUUAGUGGGAAGAUGAAUAUAGAUACGCCUGAUGAGUUAGAGCCGUAUGAAUACUCGAAUAAUAAUAGUUAUGACAAUUUUUCACAGAAUGAUGCCGAAAACGACGAUAUGUCAUCGAAACUUAGUCAGGAAUCCAAUUAUAGUGUCAACUCGAAGAAUUUGAAGGCUUUGGCUAACAUGCAGCCUAAUGGGAAGGCGAACGAAAAUCAAUUUUAUAGCCAAAAUUCGUACACCAAUGUGUCCAUUUUAUCUUCGGGGAGUGACUAUCAGCAGAAUUACGUGAGCUCGAGUGUAAACUCGCCGAAUGUAGAACGAAGUUCUGAAUCAAUUGAAGGAAUGAAUCAUAAUGUGCUUCCCUUUGAAUCAUGUUCCAGGCAAUUAUCCCGCAAUUCUACGACCUCUUGUCUUUCGACGACGGCGACUAAGGACGGGAUCGAGGGUAAGAAGUUGCACAGACAUGGUCCGACGCAGUAUUCGAGCAAUAUUAUUGCGAACAUGAUCCAGAAUUCGAAUCCGUAUCCACCUCCACCUCCAUCACAUCAGAAUAGGCAUAUUUAUACAAAUACAGGGAUGACGAGUCCUCCAUUGAAACCGUAUGGACAAAAGUCAUCGGUGACUAAUUCGCCAAGGGAAGAUAGAGACGGUGUUUCCAUUACUCAAUCUUCGAUUAAGAGUACCAAUGCAGAAGUUGACGGUGAAACGGAAGAUAAAAAGGAUAUUGAUAUUGAGACUUACUCGAACUCUAUUCCUCCUGUGUCUUUAAAGGAAAAGAUUAAUUUGUUGAAUACUGACUCCAUAAACCAUGAUUCAUAA